UCAGAGCUCAGACGUUGUUUCGGUGCAAAUUUCAAACGCUGUCUAGUCGACAAACGGAACGGCAGCCGGACAACCGUCGAAAGGCCGCUUUCGCGUUAAAGAGGAUUGGUUAUUUUUGGAUAAAUUUUUAGCUGUCGUCGGUGGCAACAUGAGAGUGAGUGAAGUCCACGCCGCAGAGUCUGUUGCCUACCUCAACAGAGCACUGGUCAGGUUGCAGGAUAUUUGGGAAGAAAUCGGGAUUCCAGAGGAGCAGCGCCUACAGAGAACCAAUGAUGUCCACAAGCACAUUAAAGGUUUGCUGGACUUAAUGAUCGCUGAGGAAGAAGAGCUCAAGAAGAGAUUAAUGAAAAGCAUAAAGUCCUGCCGCAAGGAACUUAGUAAUUUGUGCACCGAACUUCAGCUGCCCCCCUUUGAGGAGGAGGAGGGCUGCACUAUGUUGCAGAUGGAGAAAAACAGCCGCACCCGUCUAGAGGUGAUGCAGGAGCACAAGAGGCAAAGAAUGGAAGAGCUUAAAGGCCUCAUUGUCAAAGAUCGUGAGCUGUGUGAUAUUAUGUGCACUACCCCUUUCUCCAUCGACCAGGACUCCGUCCCAUCACUGAGUCAACUAGAGACAUAUCAUGCCUACCUUGAUGAAUUGACCAAAGAGAAGGCGUGUCGUCAUGAUGAAUUUGUAAGCAUAAAGAAGGAGAUUAUUGUAUGCAUGGAUGAUCUGGAGCAGAACCCGGAGACCAGUUUUGAGAUGGAUGUGAUGUGUGAAGAUGAGGAGGCAUUUUGUCUGUCAAAUGACAACAUUGCUGCUCUUAAACUACUUCUCAGUCAGCUACAAGAACGCAAGGCUGAGAAGGAACUCCGCUGUUCGGCUUUCCGCACUAAGAUCCAGGAGCUGUGGGAAAGACUUCAGAUUCCCCAAGAGGAGAGGGAAACACUUUCAGAGCAUAUGGUCAAGUCAAAGAAGAAAAACACUGAGGCACUCCAGGCUGAGCUCCAGCGUCUAGAGCUGCUGAAAAUGCAGAGCAUGAAAAGUGUCAUUGAGGUCAUCAGAGCUGAGAUUGCACUUUUCUGGGGGAGCUGCUUCUAUAGCCCCGAACAGCAGCAGGCCUUUGUUCCAUAUCAUGAUGAUGAUUUCACCGAAGAGCUUCUCAACCUGCACGAGGCGGAGGUCAGGACCCUGAAGAAGUAUUACGAGGACCACAAAGAACUCUUUGAGGGAGUCACAAAAUGGCAAGAGAACUGGACCUUGUACUUGGAACUUGACAAAAAGGCUAGUGACCCUUCAAGGUUCAACAACAGAGGUGGGAACCUUCUGAAAGAAGAGAAGCAGAGAACUGACCUGCAGAAAAGUUUACCUAAGCUGGAAAAGAGUCUGAAGGCCCAAAUUGAUGCCUGGGAGCAGGAGCAUAGCAAGGAGUUCUUGGUAAAUGGACAGAAAUUUCUCGAGUAUGUCCAGCAGCAGUGGGAUUGCCACCACACCGAAAAGGAGAAAGAGAAACAGGAAAGGCAAAUGAAGAAAACUAAACAGACUCAGGAGGACAUGUUAUACGGAACAGCAGUGAGGACACCGUCCAAAAGGCGGAUAGCAGGGACACCCACACCUGGAAAAGUAAGAAAGCUCAACGGCACCUCGACCAUCUCCACUCCUAACAGCUUCCUUAGUUCAGGCCUCGGUGGAACCAUGUGCCAGUCCUCCAUCCAGAAACCACCUCUGUCUGCCAGCAAGGGUCUUGGCCUGCGAACCCCUGGACAUGGAAAGACUCCUCGUGCACUAGACCGAAACAAGGAAAACAUCUCCCAUCUUAACAGAAAUACUCCAAGUGGAACACUAAGGUCUCAGGAUACUCAAGAUCACACCUUCACCUUUAACUCUAUUGCUGGCUCCUAUUCGGAAUUUGCGAGAGACCUCACGAAGGCUUCUAAAUCGAAUGUGAAGUCAGAACUGCUGAACUCCACCGUCAGUCAUCAGUGAUGGUUCAGAGGAGCUGCUCCGCCGCCGGGAGUCAUUCAGCUC